AGGAAGCAGUGAGGAUCUUCAGACCCACUCCUCCAACAGGAGCUGUGAAACCUCUGGAUUUCUGUAAUCCUCCAGCUUGGCUGCAUCUCCGUGUUUCCUCUGAAACAGGAGUAAGCUUUGCAAUAGCGUACUGCUGUAAAGUUGCUGAGUUCAUAACUCUGAGGUGCAUUGUUUAACUUCAUGUUUCCAAAAUAAAAAGGGUUUAAACUGAUACUAUAAAAAGCGCUGACGGACUUUUAUGCGCCAAACUGCCCAUACAGCUUUUCUGUUGCGGGCUGCAAUCUGCGAGCCUCGACUGCACCAGCGCACGGGUUCCAUGCUGAGCAGCCCGUCCCCCCGCAGAUAACUACACCACAGAAUUGCUCCACCAUUCCUUAUGUCUGCGUAGUCUGUAGCGUCCUCAUCACGCUAUCUAGUUGCAGGACCUCAAAUGGGUAAAACGGUCUCAAAAGAAGUGUUGCACGUAAGUUGUAAUAUAACAGCGAGAGUUUUGUGUUCUGUUGUUUCAGGCGUUGUGUUCCCGUGCAAGAAGUGCUUGGCUUGUGGGGUGCCGUUCUUCAUGCUGGUCCCACACUUGUUGUUUGACACAGAACUCACUUGAUUCCUGGGCUUUUACAGGAUGAACAAGAAGCUACUACUUCAGGCUGUUCCUUGUUAGCGGACAGGAGAGACAGCCUUGGCUACAAGAGCUGUAUUUUACAAACUGCAGGGUAAUUGAUCUUCAUGAAGGAAAGAAACACCUGAGAAGAUCCGAGUCAGAACUGUAGCCGUCGCUUCAAGAUGCCCCAGAGGGAAAAUACUCAUCUGCAAGUCUCAUCUUUCAAAACUGCCUGCAUUCUUUCAGUCACAGAGAAACAUUUUUUGAGAAAGAUGACUUGUGAAAUCUUUGAACAAAGCUGAAUGAAAGGAUCCUGACUGAAAGGCAACGUGCUGUACAAUGGACACUCAUCUUGAAGGGGUGACAUCGCUCUUGAACUAAAACAGGCACUGUAAAAAUACUGAUCCUGAACAAGAAUAAGGAUUAUAGAAACUGCAUCAGAAUGUUUGUUAGUCCCAGAAGAGUCAGAAAAUGCCAUUUUUUGCACAUAUUUGCCACUUGCUUCGUACUGUGUCUUAUGAUUUUUUGGGAACCGUUUGAUAAUAACAUUGUGAGCCAUAUGAAGUCCUAUUCCUACAGAUACCUCAUCAACAGCUACCAUUUUGUGAACGACAGCCUGUCUAUCAGCAGGGAUAACCUGGACAGAGUAUCGAGCUACCAGUACUUGAUCAACCACAAAGACAAAUGUCAGCAGCAGGACGUCCUUCUCCUGUUGUUUGUGAAGACUUCUCCCGAAAACCGGCAUCGGAGGGAUGCAAUUAGACAAACUUGGGGUAAUGAGAAGUACGUUCGUUCUCAACUUAAUGCCAACAUCAAAACUCUUUUUGCCCUAGGACGACCAACAGAUCAUCUGCACCACAGGCAGCUGCAAAGAGAACUUCUUCUGGAAGAUCGGAAAUACCAUGAUUUGAUUCAGCAAGAGUUCUUGGAUACUUUUCACAAUCUCACUCUUAAAUUGCUUUUGCAGUUUAGCUGGAUGAACGCCUACUGUCCGCAUGCCCGGUUCCUCAUGUCUGCAGAUGAUGACAUAUUUAUCCAUAUGCCAAACCUUGUGGCUUAUCUCCAAAGUCUAGCGCAAAUGGGUGUUCAAGAUCUCUGGAUUGGCCGUGUCCACCGUGGAUCCCCUCCCGUGAGAGACAAGAGUAGCAAAUACUAUGUUCCCUAUGAAAUGUACCAGUGGCCAUCUUACCCUGACUACACAGCAGGAGCUGCCUAUGUCAUAUCCAGUGAUGUAGCAGCUAAAGUCUAUGAGGCUUCGUUGACUCUCAAUACAAGUCUUUAUAUAGAUGAUGUUUUCAUGGGUCUCUGUGCCAAUAAAAUGGGAAUUGUACCACAAUAUCAUGUAUUUUUUUCUGGGGAAGGAAAGGCUCCAUAUCAUCCCUGCAUUUAUAACAAAAUGAUGACAUCUCACGGACACGUAGACGAUCUUCACCAGCUCUGGAAGCAGGCUACAGAUCCCAAAGUCAAAAAGGUUGCUUCGGGGAUUUGGGGUAGAAUGUACUGCAGGCUAGUCAAUAUUAUGCUUCUCUGUAAACUGUACUACGAGGACACGUACCCAUGUUCAGCUGCGUUUUCCUAAUACUUGAAUAUCUGCGUUGAAGACCCACUGAGCCACUGAGCAACAACUUUUUAGCUGUUUAUUCAAAAUAUAUGUAAACAUGGAAAGAGGUAAAACUUAAAUGUGAAUAGUUGAGGGGGGCGGGGAGUGGGAAAGCUGUUCCCAAAUUCUGUUCAGAAACUCUUACUGGAAUAGCUCUCCUGUUGUUCUGCAACUUUUUACAUUGUAGCCUGGUUGGUUUUUUUACAUUUUUCAAGGGAUGCAAGUCUGGAUUAAACAAACUAUGAUGGACUUGACUUCUAGACUUUGAAACGCUUGGUGAAAAUGUCGGUUACUUUGAACUUGUCAGUAAAUUAGUUUUUUUAAAAAAGCUAUGUGAACUAAGGCACAUGAGGAAAAAAAAAAAAAAAAGAGGAAAAUGUGCUAUAU